AUGUCAAACUCAAUUGUUGCCAACCUCAAGCUUGCGAAGGCGCCCAUUUAUUCCCAUUGCUUCUCGCAAGAUCGGUCUCUUGUUGCAGUAACUCUCAACAGUGACUGCCUUGUCUUCAAACUAACGCCUGGAGGCAAGCCCGCACUAGUGGCGACCUUGCCUGACCAUGACAAGACCGUGACUGCCGUUGACAUCUCGAUCCACGGCCGAAUCGUAACCUGUUCGCAGGACAGAAAUGCGAUUGUUUGGGAGCCAUUGAGCGACGGGACUUACAAGCCCACCUUAGUGCUUCUGCGUAUUAACAGAGCCGCCACUUGCGUGCAGUGGGCUCCUAGCGGCUACAAGUUCGCAGUGGGUUCGUCUGCUCGAAUCAUCGCGGUGUGCUACUACGAGCAGGAAAACGACUGGUGGGUGUCGAAGCACAUCAAAAAGCCCAUCAAGUCAACCAUCAACUGCGUUUCGUGGCACGACAAUGGUAUCAUGCUCGCGUGUGGUGGAACAGACGGUUAUGUUCGCGCGUUCUCGGGGUUCGUGAAGGGGCUGGACUCGCGUGAUCAAGUUGCAAACUCGCCUUGGGCUGAGAAAUUCCCCUUCGGUGCUCUAAUUCGCGAAUGGUACCACGGCGCGUGGAUCCACGACGUGCAAUGGAGAAGCUCCCAGGAGAAGCUUGCCUACGUUGCUCAUGAUGGCUCUUUUAAUGUCGUGGACCCCUCUGACCACGUUUCGACCACAUUUUCUCCUGAGGGCCUUCCGCUCAUGGCGUUGGUGUGGAUAAACGACCAUGAAGCUCUGUGCGGCGGGUUUUCAUGCCAUCCAGUGUUGUUCGGAGAAGGCGCUUCUGGGUGGCAGUUUUCGAAGAACAUCGACAAGGAUAUCGCCCCUAGCACUCCUGCGUCUGCUUCUACCGGAGAUGACGACGACGAAGGAAACGCGCCUUUCGGUAUGUCAGCGCUUAAAAAGUUCAAAGAACUUGAUCUCAAAGGAAAAGUUUCGGCCCAGGUGCAAGAAUCCACCCAUGAAAAUGCUAUUGUCGAGCUCGCGCCCUACUCUGUCACAGCCGGAAAUGUCACUGAGGUCUCCUCCUGUGGCUUGGAUGGCAAAAUUGUUAUCUAUCGUGUUUAA